GAAAUGUCAUAAACUGAGAGCUUAAUUCCCUCAUAGUGUCUGCUUGUUGUGUUCGCCUGUGCACAGCCGGUUUGGUGAAAAACGCUGACGCUGGAUUCACAUUAGUAUUCAACAAAGUGGGCAGAUGCGUGAAGCUAUUUUUUUUUUUUUUUUUUACAGAGACUUAAGUUUCAGAAAAUGUUCAUUUGCAUUCUCACGUUGAGGAAAACUUUGAAUGUAAAUGAGGUCGUGGUUAUUUUCUCGUAAGUUGCUGAUGUGUCACUCCACAUCGUGACCACUGGUCAACCAGACUGAAUCACUGGUCCAGACACGAUUAUAGCUCGUAGAGGUGGAAAAAAAACAACAACCAAUAACUCAUCUGUAACUCAGCUCUUAAAACAAGUGUACUAACGACUUCUUUACACGGCAGAUUUCCUCUCAGACUUGAUGGAAGCUGCCAAAACACAGUCCUUGUUGUCGUCACAUGCAGUCUGCGGAGUGAUAAUAGGUUAAUAUAGAAUCUACUGAGGUGAGGAAAAGGAAGAACGAUGAAGCUGAACGAGCGCAGCGUGGCGCACUACGCCACCUGCGACUCACCGCCUGACAAGACUGGCUUCCUUUUCAAAAAAGGUGAGCGCAACACAGCUUAUCACCGGCGCUGGUUUGUCCUCAAGGGCAACAUGCUCUUCUACUUUGAGGAGCGUGACAGCAAAGAGCCCAUUGGUGUCAUCGUCCUGGAGGGAUGCACGGUGGAGCUGUGCGAGUCGGCUGAGGAGUUCGCCUUCGCCAUCAAGUUUGACUGUGCGAAAGCGCGGGUGUACAAGAUGGCUGCUGAGAACCAAGCGGCCAUGGAGUCCUGGGUGAAAGCGUUGUCAAGGGCCAGCUUUGACUACAUGAGGCUAGUGGUAAAGGAGCUGGAGAGGCAGCUGGAGGAGAUCCAGGAGGCUGGAGGAUCUAGCUGUGUUGGGGCUGGAGCUGGAGGCCUGCAGGUCAGGUCGAAGACCUCCAGGCGAAACCAGGUGGCACGUUCCAGGUCAGGAGCAUCCUCUUCCUCAUCUCUGUCUUCUGUGUCAUCAUCAUCAAGUGCUGCUACCAUAUCAGGCCCCUUCUCUGCCCAGAAGUGCCUCCAGGAUGAGGGGCAGCUCAUCUCUGAGUGCUCAAAGGAGAACGGGGUCACAUGGAGUAAACCACAAGCUGCCUUGGCAAACGGCUUUGUUGAGACAGCGUGCGUGGCCUGGGAAGCCUUCGGAGACUCUGGGAAUAACACUGUGACUGGUUAUGGUGGCGAUGGGGCGAGGGCUCCACCAGUUCCACCCAGAAGAAGAGGAGCUUCUUUGGAAAGCCCCGUCUCCCCAGGAACCGGCUGCUUCUCCAAACUCCAUGACUGGUACGGGAAAGAUGUGGAGGAGCUGAGAGUGCAGUGGCUGCAGAGUCAGUAAACUAACAGAGAUGGAUCCUCACUUUUAUUCCACAGUUCAAUCAUUCCUUUUAAAACAGUCUGAAACAUUACAGACUCCCAAGUGAGUGUCAUUUACAAAUUACAGUCUUAUAACCAAUUGUGAAAAAUGGAGAUUGAUUUGAGAUCUUGUCUGGCACAGGAGAAUCAAUCCGUCUUAAACAUCAAUACUAUCUACUGUACAAUCCUAGACAUCAUAAAAAAAACACAAAAUAUGCUUGAUUUUUCUUUUCUUCGCCACAGUUUUUCCUGAAUGUUAAAUGCCAAGUACAAUUGAAAUGAGAAAGUCGUUUUUAAAACGGUGUCAUUAAUGAAAUGUGUCAGUGUUUAUGACAAGAUGCCAAGAGUUUGGCUUUGAAUGACCUUGUAGCAGAUAAUUUCUUAUUGCUUGAUUAUUAUGUUGCCUGUACUUAAUUCAAGAUUUAUCUUCUCUUUUAGCUUCCAAACAUACUUGUGGAAUUACUUUGGCGUCCAGUUUAAAGGUGCUCUAUGUAGGUUUGGUAGUGAAAUUUGAAAAUUGGAGAAGUGAAUAUUGUGCUAUAUUUUGUGAACUGAAUACACAAACUUUACUCAAAGUAAAAAUGGCUCCCUGGACACUGUUUGGAGCUAAAAAGCUACCAGGAGUGUUACGGUUUCACUGUUGCAGGCCCACCACCAUAACUUCUUCAAACAGUGUUUCAGGGGCCAACUUCUCCUUUGAGGACAGUUUGUUUAUGGAGGUAUAAAUAUUUAUUACAGAAUCUGUACAUUUCUCCAAUUUUCACAUUUCUCUACCAAAACUGCAUAGUGCACCAUUAAGAUAGGUUGUAAGAACCUUGAUCUAAAGUCAUGUUUUCUUAUAAAUCAGCUUUAAAAUCAGAAAAAAAACAAUAAGCACUUAAAUCACAAAGUUUUGUUCAUUUUUUCCUGAGGAAAUUAUGAUUGUGUUGUAUGCAAAUGUAAUAAGGCACAUAGAUUUAAAUCUAAAGAUAUAGCACAAAGUGGAUAGGUGGAUAUAGUGACACCUUGACUGCAGCAAACAUUGGAAAAGGCAACAAAGAGGCAACGGAGAAUCCUUUAGCAGUAUGAUGUCCAAUGUUUUCCUUUUUUUGAGAGAGAGAGAAAAAAAAAUCACAAAAUUACUAUAUUUAGCAGGUAAGCCAGGAAAUUGCAAGAAGCGGUUGGAUGAUAACAAUCUUUAAUAAAAACAAAACAGCAUUUUGAGAUUCUUUCAAGCUUAAACAACCUUAAACUGUGACAUUGAUUUAAUACAUUGACCUGAAGAGAAACAGGGCUGAUACUCUAGGGAUGCAAAGUGUUGUGGAUGAACAUUAGUCCAGCUUCUGCUCCAUACUCCCGCUGGGGCACAGCACAGCCAGGGGGGCCCCGUGGCUGCUAAGGUCAGAGCAUCCUCUCUACAGUCACUGGGGACGGUGGUGGGAGCUGGAUGCCCUGCUCACAGCAACACUCUAGUAUUUUUAGCUCUUGUUAGCCAUCGGCCAGAUGAUGCCAUGUCAUAAGAAUGCUUGUCACUUACUUCUCUAUUGACUCUUGUAUUUUACAUCCUUGACUUUACAGGGCAUAACACUUGAUUUAAUUAUCCUUAUAAUUCAUUUCAAAUGAUGUAAUUGGAUCAUCUUCAAUUGCCGUUGUGCAUUUCAUACAGCUGGUUUGUUUGUUACAGCUGGUUUAUCUGAGUGAUAAAGAAUGAGUGUUAGACUACUCUACUGUAAUGUAUGUGAAUAUAUAACCUCCUGGUUUGUGUCUAAAUAUUGUUUAUUCCAUGUUGGAAAUUAACACCAGCAGUUUGGCAAAAUGGACAAUUUCACUCACUGUAUAUCUUUAUCCAAUCAUAUCAUAACUUAACACUUUUGUUUUAAUGUGCCUUAUUAUUUUUACAACUCUUUUAAUCAAAGUGCAACUGUUACCUUACUACAGCGAUGGGAGGGUUUUGACUUUUCCUAUUUUUUAUGGUGACUGUUCUGCUGUUUUGCUUUCAUGCUAUGGCUCAUGUCGUUGCAAUCGCUUUUUGACAAUGGCUCUGUUCCUUCAGUCUGCAUCAGUGCACAGCGCUACUAUUACUGGUGUACACUUGGCUUGUAGAAAUGACACUGUGGUUACAGCGGUUUCACAGCACUAUGUUUUUCACACGUUUUAUCCAAAAUGAUGAUUCCAGUGCCAAUUUUAUUCAUUCCAGUCAGAAAAUAAUUAUUGUAUUAAGGAUGACAUUUCUGCUCUUUAGUUUUUGAUGUGAUACUGAAAGGAAUUCGUGAAUGUGUCAAAUAAUCACAUAAAUGAGAAUGGUAUCUAUCUUUGUUCAGGAGUGCCAAAUGAACAAUGCAACCUAAGUGCACAAUAAACCUUUUUAUCCAUUGACUUACACAAUUAUGGUAAAGAAUAAAUGUUAUAGUACCAAAUAUGAGAAUUAUUUAAAAUGACCAAUAAUAAUAAACACAUUGUCCUGAUAUGGUACUAUAAAGAUGAAAACAAAUCAAUAAAAAAAUAUAAAUAA